AUUGUAUCUAAGGUGAUAAAUCAUAUGCAUAUAACGAUCAUCGUAUCAAAAAAAAGGAUUAAUAUAACGUUCAAAUGAAAAACAUAUAAACCGUGAGAGAGGGGGAUCACGCGCUUCGGAAAACGAGAGUGGAUAAAAGUGAAAAUGAAGAAGCCAUGCCGAAGUGUCGGAAGAGAAAGUGGUCCCCAUCUGGACACGUCAGAGAGAAAUUGCCACGUUGUAAGGUCGUAUUCGAGACUGACACAUGUCAAAUGCUGACUUGUCCUACCAGUUUGCUCAAUUACAGAGGAAGAAAACCUGAUCUCUCCUAUACAACUCUUCCAUCCCUAUUUUAUCUUAUUUAAUUUUCCCGAUGAUAGUGAAGGAGAUCCAAAAAUAUAAAUAUUUUUUAGUUUAUGUAUAUACAUU